UAAGCACAACAUAUGAAAAUACGUCUGAUGUCUUCAGUUUUUUGACAGUUUCCUGACAAUCAGAUGACAAAAUUAGACCGUGCCGUACCUCUAGCAUUAACCAAGCUUGCACCGCAGGGUAUCGUCAACAUGCUGAUAUAUGCCAAGAUGCUUAUUAAUCUUCAGCUCCAGACAGGAGUGAAAGUAUUUUGGAAUAACGGAGGUUACUUCUUCUCUCGUCUCAAACAUGAUCUAGACCUGCUUUAUACGAGCUACUGGCAAUUCUUCUGGAUAUUUUCUAAUAUUUUGGAUUCUGUACACGCUCAUGCACGACUGGAUAGUAAUGAAAUCGAAACUUGA